UCUCUCUCUCUCUCUCUCUCUCAAAUCGUUAUCUCUGUCAGAGAGUGAGAUUAGAACCUCGAAGCAGCAAGCAUGGAAAGAUCAUGGAAUGAAGAACUCCCAGAUUGUCGCUAUGAACAGAAGCAACCAAGUUUGAUCAAACCCAACAGCCCCACCCCAAAUCACAUUCUUUAUCUCUCCAAUAUCGAUGAUCAAAAGUUCCUUAGAUUCUCAAUUAAAUAUAUUUAUCUUUUUCAAAACUGUGUAGCCGUCGAUCUCCUCAAAUCUUCUCUCUCUAAGGUUCUUGUAGAUUACUAUCCAUUGGCGGGCAGACUGAAACCCCUACACCUUGCUCAUGAAGAACAUGACGACGACGAUGAGAAGCUUCAGGUUGAGUGUAAUGGCGAAGGUGCUGUUUUUGCAGAAGCAUACAUGGAUAUCACUGCUCAGCACUUCCUUCAGCUUUCCCACAAACCAAAUAAGUCUUGGAGGAAACUGCUUUUUCGGGUUGAUGCUCGCACUUUUGUAGAAACUCCUCCUCUUGUUGUUCAGGUGACGAAACUUCGAUGUGGAGGAAUGAUUAUGUGCACGGCCAUCAACCACUGUUUAUGCGACGGCAUUGGUACAUCUCAGUUCCUACAUGCUUGGAGCCACCUUAUCACCAAAGCUAUUGACAGUCAUCUACCAACACCAUUCCAUUCACGUCACUUGUUUAAGCCUCGGUCUCCUUCCUCACACUUACCACCUUUACUUCAUCCUGCAUUUACCAAAAAUCAUUCCAAUACUGGGUUUUCCCUUAAUCGAUAUUUACAAUCUCAACUGCUCGUUCCUGCAUCAUUGACUUACACCACUUCCCAUACCCUUCAUCUCAAGUCUCUAUGUGAACCAUCUAUUAAAUGUACCACUUUUGAAGUCUUAGCAUCUCAUACGUGGCGUUCAUGGGUUAAAUCGCUUGAUCUUGCACCAUCUCUCGAAGUAAAGCUUUUAUUCUCGAUGAAUAUUCGGAAUAAAGUAAAACCAGAGAUUCCAAAAGGAUAUUACGGCAAUGGGUUUGUGUUGGCUUGUGCCAAAUCCACUGUACAAGAACUGGUUGAUAGUAACUUGUAUUAUGUCGUGAAAUUGGUGCAAGAAGCCAAGUCUACCCUAACUGACGACUGUGUAAAUGGUAUUGUAGAGUUAUUAGAGGACAAAAUUGUGACAACUGAUCUCAGUGCAAGCUUAAUUAUAUCACAAUGGUCUAAGUUAGGGUUGGAGGACUUAAACUUUGGACAAGGUAAGCCAUUACACAUGGGUCCUCUUACUAGUGACAUUUACUGCUUGUUUUUGCCGGUUAUUGGUGAUCCUAAUGCUAUUCGAGUUCUGGUAUCCUUGCCUAAGAGUGUUGUUAGCAAAUUCGAGUAUUAUAUGAAUGAUUUUCUUAAUACAAAUAGUUUAGAAGCAAAUGGAGAUCAUGAAAAAGGAAAUUUAUUGUUAUAAUUUUAUGUUCAGUUACAAGGAUGUGAUAACAUUGA